UCCACUUCCCUAGUUCGCCUCGUUCACUUUUACAUUCACAUUCCCAUUCCCAUUCACAUUCGCCUAUUCCACUAUUCCUUGGCGCCACAUCUAUAUCCGUUCCUAAAUCUCUUCCUCUACCACAUCACCUUAAACCUUUACACCUCCACAUCCAUUGAGAAUCCUCUGAGUUCGCCUCUUGCAGGCUUUCUGCAACAUGUACGUGAGCUUUUCUCUAGAUUCGUUUCCAUUUGUGGAAUCAAUUCCAACUAAUCUUCUAACAGGGCGAGAGAGUUGAGACCGAGAGCUGCUAAAGAGAAAGCGCUGGCAAAGCUCAACCCCAAAAAGAGGUCCCGCGAUGACAAAAAUGAUGACGACGGAAAAUCACAUCCACCAGCUAAACAGCUCAAAAAUGGGAAGGAGGGUAGAAGCCCAUCCACAUUCCGGUUCCUCGAUCUGCCUGGUGGUGAGUCCUCGAUUAUACCCUCAAAAUAACACUUUUUAACCGACCAAACAGAACUGCGCAAUCAGAUAUACAACAGUGUGUUAAACGAGUUCGACCUCCCAUGGGACGACCGUUGGGAUAACCAUAGGUUUUGUACAUGGCAUAACCCUACAGCGUCAGAUGCCCCAAUAGCCCCACACAGGCAGGUGUUGGGAAUGGGGCUCUCACAAACCUGUACACAAAUCCGCUCUGAGUUCCAUGCGCAGUGUUUGAGCCGAGUACCAGUCACCAUAUGCUACUUGGAUCACUUUUUACUCACCUUCUUUCCGAAGGCACCCGGUCUCAAUACUUUAAGACUUCUCCUCGUCGACUGUGGACACGAUUCUUCAUCGAUCUACAACCUCACACGCGUCAUUGAGCUCAAGAACAGGCUGCCAAACACCAAAUUCGAGGUCCGAGCCGGAUAUCCUAGAGUAUUGUUUGAUGUACUGGCAAGUAGCGUGCAGCUCUUUCUAAACAAUCGUCAUCCUUCGUGGUUAGAGUUGCUGCGCUCAGAUGCAAUCAGCUCUGUUCGUAUUCAUACAUAUGUCAGGCCCGAGAUCAAGGUCAUGUUCAAGAACAAUAAAGCGCCAUUGUGGAUUAAAUCAAGUCCAAACUCAAUUCCUCACGCAUAUUUCACUUCACUUGGCUUGAAUGAAAUCGGUGCUUAUAUUCAAUUUGGAGUGACUCCAUGA